AUGAGUAAUAAUAAUAAUAAUAAUAAUAAUAAUAGUACAACACCAUCUACUCAUGAUCAUGAUUUAGAUACUACUUCAUUAGCAUCAUCAAAUGUAAGUCAUCAUCAACAUGAUAAUCCAGUUUAUAUCCAUCAUGAUGAUGACGAUGAGUCGUACCAUACGAAUUUUUCAAAAGAGCUACAUCCCGACCCAGUAUUGGGCCCCCUUGCUGAUUUAGAAAAAGAUAUUUCAUCUAUUGAUUCAAAUAAAGAUGAUCAAAUAGAUUUAGAAAAUCAACCACAAAUUAUACCAAGUUCAUUAUCUAAAAAAUCAAUAACUCUGAUAAAGUCAUUAAAAGUUAAACGAAAAGAUAAAAGAGGUUUACUUGCUUCAUUAGUUGUUAUUCCUGAAUAUUAUGAUGCUAGAGAUUAUCCAAUAAAGAUUAAGUAUAUUAUUGUAACUAUAAUUGCAUUAGCUUCAGUUACUGGUCCAAUGGGUACUUCAAUAAUGUUACCUGCAAUUGAUGAUAUUGUUGCAAAAUUACAUACUUCAAAUAGUAUGGUUAAUGUUUCAGUUGGUGUUUAUAUGUUAGCCUUGGGGAUUUUUCCCAUGUGGUGGUCUUCAUUUAGUGAAAGAUUUGGUAGAAGAUCAGUUUAUUUAAUUUCAUUUGUUUUAUUUGUUGCUUUUUCAAUUGGUACUUCAUUGUCUCCAAAUAUUGCAGCAUUAAUAAUAUUAAGAGUAUUACAAGGUGGUUGUUCUGCAUCAGUUCAAGCUGUUGGAGCAGGAACAAUUGCUGAUUUAUUUGUCCCUAAAGAAAGAGGAGUAGCUAUGGGUUGGUAUUAUCUUGGUCCAUUAAUGGGUCCAUUUCUUGCUCCUAUUUUAGGUGGUGCUGUUGCUCAAGCAUGGGGUUGGAGAGCAACACAAUGGUUAUUAAUGAUAUUUUCUGCUUGUAAUUUAAUACUGAUGACUUUUUUCCUUCCUGAAACAUUAAGAAGAGCUGAUAAUUUACAAAUUUUAAUGAAUCAAAACAACAAAAUUGAGAAGAUAAUAUCUAGAAGAUCAAAUAUGUCACAAGAAGAAAAAGAAGAAGAAGAUCAAGUGCCGGUAAUGGAUCCGGUCAUGCCUACAAUGUCAAGAGUUACAACUAAUCAAUCAGCAUAUUCUAGAAGAAUUACACAAGAAUAUGAAAAAGGAGAAUUAAAAAAAACAUUACUGAAUAUUUCCAAAAAAUCGGAACAUAAUAAAUUUGAAUCUUUUAAAACUAAUUUAUAUGAUAUUUUUAUUAGACCAUUACAUUCAGUUGUUUUAUUAACUUAUCCGCCAGUUAUAUUAGUUAUUACAUUUUCAGGAUUAUCAUUUGCUGCAAUUUAUUUUUUCAAUAUGACAAUCUCAUACGAAUAUGCAAGAUCACCAUAUAAUUUUUCAGAAAUUAUAGUUGGAUUAAUGUAUAUUCCUAAUUCAGUUACGUAUUUAAUUGCUUCAAUUAUAGGUGGGAAAUGGAAUGAUAGAUUAAUUAACAAAUAUGCUGAAAAACAUGGUGAAUUAAUUCCCGAGGCUAGAUUAUCUUGGAAUUUAGUAAUUGCGGUAAUUUUAUAUCCAAUGGCAUGUUUAAUAUUUGGAUGGACUAUAAAAUAUGGUGAAUUUUGGGUUAUUCCAUUGAUUGGAUCAGCAAUUUGUGGAUUUGCAAGUAUGUUAGUAAUAGGAACUACUGUUACUUAUUUAGUUGAUAUAUUACCUGGAAAAGGUGCUACUGGAGUUGCAUUAAAUAAUUUAAUUAGACAGAUACUAGGUGCUGUUGCUACGUUCAUUGUUGAACCAUUAUUAAAUGCUAUAGGUGCUGGAAUUUUAUUUUCUAUAAUUGCCGGUUAUUUAAUUGUUGCAAGUUCUGUUUUAUUAUAUUUAAAGAAAAGAGGAUUUUACUAUAGGGAACAUUAUGAUAUAAUGAAAUUUUAUGAAAAGUUGUAA